AUGCCUUUUUGGUUUACUGGGAAUGAUACGACGGAUGAGGAUACCUUCGGAGUGUGUAAUGUCACCAAAUUCACUCACAAAAAGAAACAAACCGCUGAGAUAUUAAUGUACGUCGCCUCGGGAUGGGUGGUUGCAUGGACAGCGCUUGCCAUUUUGUAUAAUAUUAUCGCCGGGUAAGAACAAUACUCUAAAAAAUAAUGUGAUUUUAGAGUGAUUGGUCAUCAUCGGUUUUUGGAUUUGUUCCAAGAAAUUAUAAUUAUCAUAAUCUUCGUAUUUAUGGGAGUUUUUACGUUGAAACCGGAGUGGGUAUGUUUUGAGGAAAUGUGAACGACCUUAUUUACACUUCAGAGUACUUGUGAAGCCAACAAAGUAGUUCUACACUUCUGUAUGAUGUGCAUUCUCUUGAUUGCAAGCAUGCAAGCCCUGUUUGCAUCUAGGUUUGUUCGUAUCUACAAGGGAUUACUGUCAUUUUCUAGUUUGAUAAAAGGAAAGAGCUCCCGGAAUAGUCGACUGCCGGUGAUGGUUAACUAUAUUUGGCCGCCUUUCUUCGCUGCCGUUGUCGCCGUAGUUGUUUAUUUUGCAUUCAGAAAAUAUUAUGAUGGAAAUGGAGUACAGUAAGUUGGUCAUCAUAAUCCCAAUUAAUUUGCAGUUGCUUUUGCGAGAUAUACGAGAAGUUAUACUGGGCGUAUACUUUCCCUGCGGGCAUUCUUUUCAUGCUGGCCUUACUAAACAACAACAUGGCAAUAACCGCCUGCCGAAUGACGCGGCAGAAUGUAGACCGAGUACAAUUGUAUUGGGCUAGACGGACUUGUCGCGGGAUGCCCAUUCUGAUGGCCUGGUUCUGUGCUUGUUUCUUUUGUCUUCUUUUUGCCGUGGACAUGCAAAAAACAUGGUUAUUUGGAGUAUACUUGGGAUUAUGUGUCAUAUUUGGUCCCAUGUUGUUUGUGUUCCACACUUAUUGUUACGAAAAAAGUUGCAGAAGGUUGUUUGAGACGACCGGAUUCACUUUCUACAAGCCUUGUCCCACCAAAAAAGGAGACCCGAACCAUGUGGAAAAGGUGGUGGAGAAAACUGAUCUGCGCGAAAAGAAACCCGUACGUAUAAACAUUCCCUGCACUGAAAUCCUCAAUUCUUUUAGCUCACUGAUCCUAUAAUACCACCGAACCCCGAAAAACCAGAACUUCCGCCAGCCCCAGUGACCUCUGAUGUUGUGUUACCCCCACCCAUGGUAGAUGUUCCAACUCCAAUGCCCAAUUCCGGAAUUCCAGCACCUGUGGCUGCACCAACCGGGGGGCCGGUGGGGGUAAGAUUAAAAAAUGUUUACAGAGUAAGCACAUUUAAUUUUAGCCUCACAAUCCGACCUCUUCUCAAGACUUUUACAACUGGUUAACGGACAAAAGCACUGCGCCAGGCCAAGCUGAGAAUGUCUUAUUUAAAAAGAACGUUUGA